AUGUCGGAAGCAGUGGUAUCCACUCAAGAAUCUCAAGCAUCUUCACUUCCACCCUCAAUAGUUGUAACAUCUUCAUCACCCAAUGAUGAUAUAGGACAAGUAGUAGUCGAUAUUUCUCAAGUGUCGUCCGAUGUUGUUGAUAAACUGGAGGAUAACCAUUUUGCCUCUCCAUCAACAUUGCAAGCUGUUGCCUCAGCCAUGAGAAAUGAAUUGUCUUUUAAAAGUAGUAGGAGAAAUAGUGCGGUAGAGUUUGAAUUAAAUGUUGUUCCACAGAGGAAAUUGACUCUGAAAGGAACAAUUAAGCCAAUCAAACAUCCAGGUGUAGGUUUUCUUAAGAAAUCAAGCUCCCUGGCAAAGGUUGAAUUUCAUGAUGACCCACUUGUUGAGGGUGAUGAGAGAUGUUUCUUGGAGUGGAAGGGAUUGCAAUAUCCUUUAGGAGCUACAAAUGAAUCAUUGCAUCUUAAGAAUGUGUGUGGAUUUGCGACACCAGGAAAGAUAACAGCUCUCAUUGGUUCUUCUAAUAGUGGCAAGUCAACUCUAUUGAAUAUACUAUCCCAGAGAGGUGAUUUUAAGGAUUUUGGAGGCCAAAUAUUAAUUAAUGGAAAGGUUGUUUGUUCGUGUCAUGACAAACCGAGUAUUAGACUAACAUCAACUCAAUACAAGUCUCUGGUUGCUCAUGUCCCAAAGCAUUUUGCAACAUCCCACCCAGUUUUGACUGUGAGGGAAAUUUUGAAUUUCACAGUCAAAUUGAAAUUGACAAACAUUAAGAGUGCAGCCUCAAAUUGUAGAGAGGAACGUUUGGAAUACCUCCUCAAAAAGUACGAGUUGAAAAACAAGGAGAAUGUGUUUUAUUCAGCCCUUGGAACAGCUGAGAAGAAGAGAUUACACAUUGCCGUGCAGAAUGUUCUCAAACACAGAGUAUUACUUCUUGAAUAUCCAACAGAUGGCAUGGAAAUUGGAGAGGCUGCCCAUUUUAUUAGAAUUAUGAAAUCAAUUGCUCUUAUGGGUGUGGGAGUGGUGGUCACAUCUCACAAGCCAUCUUUAAAAGAACUAGAGUUAUUUGAUUAUAUAUCAAUACUUAAUAAGGGAAAUCAAUUAUACUUUGGUCCACCGAACAAGUUAAUUACCUAUUUUUCAAAAAUCGGUGUCAGUGCUGAUGAAUCAAAUCAUAAUGAAGUAGAGUUUUUGUUCCAAGUUAUUUCUCUCCUUCAGACAGAGACAUUUGAAACAAUACUAGUCGAAGAUGCACAAGAGCCGUUAGAUCAGAGUGAGUUAUUUGCCACAGAGUAUAUCAAACAAUUGGACGAUUUCUUCAUUCCCAUGAAAAAUAAGGAGGAAAAUCGAUAUCUUGAAAAUGAUCCAACAACUUUUCACUACGAGCCUUAUUAUGCCAACUUCUUUUACUCUGUUUUUACACUUAUAAUGAGAAAUUAUUUGAGUAGAUUGAGAAAUUGGAAAGUGGAAUUUUUAAUACCUUUCGUGGAAAAAAUAGCAGUAUCUGUAUUUAUUGGAUUAUUAUACUUUCAAAUAGAUCCUAACAAUAUGCCAUUGAAGGGUAAAAUUUUUACCUUUCUCAAUUUAAAUAUCUCUUUAACGUUUUCUGCAAGUUUGAAAAAUUUAAUUAAUCAAAUUCCAAUGUUGACCCAGGAGAGAAAUAGUUCAAUCUAUAGAACUAGUGCGUUUUUUAUUUCCAAGACAAUGGAGGAUUUAAUAGAAACGUCGAUAUUUUCGCUGCUUUUUGGUGGAAUCGUUUAUUUUAUGACUGGAUUGACAUUGGAAUAUGAUCGAGUAUUAAUUUUCGGCCUUAUUUUUGCUACUUAUCAUUGGACUUGUGUGAGUUUUGCUCAAAUGCUUGUUUCACUUGUUCCUAUACCACCUUUAUUGAAUUUAAUUACACCAGUAAUUAAUAUUAUGUUUAUAUUAACAAGUGGGGUUUAUGGUAUUCAUAAUACUGAAUGGUUAGCUUGGUUUAAAUAUCUCAAUUAUCUGUUUUAUGGUUUCAAAGCUAUGGCUAUCAAUGAGUUUGAUAUUCAACUAGAAACACCUUUAAAUACUACCCUCCCUUCAAAUUACUACACAAACGGAACCUAUUUCCUGGAAAAGAAUUAUGGAUAUUCAGAUCCACAUUACAUGUUGUGGGUCUAUUUGGCAAUUCUCACUUCUUUUUGGAUUGUUUGUAAGAUUUUGAGCUAUGUUGGACUAAGGUUAGUUUAUGGAAAGAAGAGCUGGUUUAGAGUUUUUAAGAAAAUACUUCGAUCAUGUAGGAAAUAA